AUGAAUCCAGCUUCGCCGCUAACCACGGAUGUUCCGUCAGAGGUUCCGCCUGUUUCUCACAGGAAGCGAAUCGAUUGGGAACAAUUCAAAGAGGUGAUCCGUCAGCUAUAUGUCGACCAAGGCAUGCCGAUCAAGGACGUCAUGGAAAGUUUGAAGGUCUAUGGGAUCCAUGCGAGUAGAAGAACAUUUAUGAACCAGAUCGCCAAAUGGGGAUUCAAAAAGAAUAUUCGAAAUGAAGAUGCAACCCUGAUGGUAAGGAUUGAGGAGGAAAGGAGGAAGGCUGGCAAGCGCACAACAUUUAGUUUGCAUGGCAGGAACGUGGACCCGGCACGUUGGAACAGGAGAAAGGCUCGAAUACAUAGACCCGAAGGCGACAGCAGUGCAUCUACAACUCAAGCCUCGGCAUUAUCCAUCAUUGCUACAACACCAGCAAGCACCCUUCCGUCUGAAGUCGGCUCUCUCGACUUUGCAGCGCUGUUCCAGGCUCCGAGUCCGAGCUCCUCCGAGUUUGAACGACUCUUCGCGGCCUUGAACAAUGAGGGUGUGCCGAGUCCUGAGUCUAUUCCAGACCCUUUCCCACCACCCCUGCCUAUGCCAGACAGCUCCAGAGCUCGCGAAAGUGCGCCUGAUCCGAGUCUGCAUGCGACAAAGGAAAACUCAACACUCGAAGAAUGGUUACUGCAUGAUAUUGUAGCUGCAGUCGUUGGUUUAUUAAGAGGUGAAGUGUAUUCUUCUCAUGGCAGACAGCCUCAACGCUCACCGGUCUCUGAUGAGGACAUUCGAACUCGCUUAGAUCUCAUAGGCAAGUGCCACCAGCUUGGACUCAAAGACGCGGGGAUGCAGAUCUUUUCGGAUCUCUGCAAAAAGACGGGGAUGUGGAACAAUUUCGACUGGACAAUAUUUGGACACUCGAUACGGUUACAGUAUCCAGACUUGUCGGAAACUGAGAUUCUAGAGUUCUGGCGCACACGCCUUGCUCAGUUUGAGCAGAUGCUCGGCCCUGAAACAAAAGCUUUGCUUGAAGCCUCGAGCUUUGAGGCUCUCCUCCAAGACAAUUACGGCAACAUUGUCGAAUCUACUCUGGGAAAUCUGGUGUUGGAAGUUGCAGAGAAACCUUUCCUCGCGUUUGCAUGUUCCGGGUUGUCAGCAUAUUACCGCUUGUGUUCUCGUCACCGCUUUGGACAGGGUUUCAUGGAGUACAUGCACGAAUCGCGAACGGAUGAAGCAAAGAAAAUAUUCUACAAGGACAUGCAUAUGUUCAUGAAAUUGGGCUGGAUCGUCUUUCCAGAGCUUGCAGACGGUCAGCCCGGGUUCUACAUCACCGGUAAAGCAUGCUGGCCACCGGGUCCAGAAGAACUGGCGUUGAUCAAGCAUUAUUUGCUGGAUGUCGAUUUCGAAGAAUCUUCUGAGAGUGAGCAGGGUGGAUUGUCCCAGACGUCUGAGAAAUAA